GCUCCUUCCUCCCCACGCCUCCUUCGCCCAACAGCCAAGGUGCUUUCUGGUUAACUGCCGAGGCGUCGCAGUACUGCUCGUCUGGAGCCCGACAACCCUAAAGCUCUUGGACAAGCAGAGGUUAUACAUCAUCCAGUGCCUUUCUUGACAUUUUGCAUCCCAGACAAUGGCUUUUCUCAGGAGGUCUUGGAUUGCAGUUUGUUCAACAGCAGGGAGUCAGUGAACCUUUUCCUAUGGAUCGAGGAAGACUCCAGCGUGUCCAUGAGUUUGGACUUCCCGAAAAAGCCAAACAAAGUGGUGUGCGUGACGAAAACGGAGCGGGAUGUCAUCAGUGCGGACAACGUCUCCAAGGCAUUGCUGAUUGAAGACCUUCAUGGAGAAGACGUGCUCAGCUUCAUUACCGCUCUCACUCAGGAGGUUGUCUGUCCGUUGCUUAGCAACCCAGAAAACAAUGGUGAGUGGGCGCCUGGUGCGGCCGAGGAGACGCUGAACUUCAUGGAGCGGCUAAAGAACGAAGCUCUGGUGAUGAAGGCUCGGCAGGAAGGAUGGACCUUUCUUCCUUUUCCCAAGCAUCUCCCUGAAGACAAGGAGCUGAAGUCACCUGCCGUCAAGCUGCUCCAUGCCUGCGAGUCAGUCAUCAUUGAGUGGGCGGGGCUUGUGUCAGAGUUACUGCAGCAGAAACCGUCUCAGGCACUCUUGGACGGAUUCAAACCUGAACCAUCUGAAGAGUUUAACUUCUGGAACAACAGGCUGAAGAACCUGCAGCUUAUUCAGCAGCAGAUGAUUAGCAGCAAAGCCCAGCAGUUGGCGUCUUACCUCCAGUCAGCUGAGGGUGCAUACUGCUUCAUCUUAAAACAAAUUUAUGGAGAAGUCCAGACGGGACUCCAAGAGGCUGAGGACGCCACCCAGAACCUGAAACCUCUUCAGGAAAAACUGGAAGAAACAGAGGUUCUGGAGUAUUCUCAGCUGAGAGACAACAUGGCUGGUGUCAUGGAGAAGGUAAACCAGGUGUGGAUGAACUCACACUUCCACUGUAAACCCUGUUGGAUUGUGGUGCUGCUGCAGGAGAUCUGCAACCUCCUCAUAGUCUGGAGCAGGAAGUUUCUGCGCGGACAGGAGGUGAUGCGGGGUCUUCUUGCAGACCCUGCUAAGGUUCUUGAGGACAUCCAAGUUGCGACGUUAACGCUGGAGAAAUUUAAAGAAAAGUACAUCCAGUGCAGGAAUCACCUGGAAAAACAGGAUGGGGGCUCACGCAGGUGGGAGUUUCCUUCACAUCUGGUGUUCUCUGAGCUGGAUGACUUCCUGUCACGCAUGAUCAGCAUACAGGAGGUGUACAGCAUUCGGCUGCAGUUUCAAUUGGAAGAAGUGGUUCUUGCUGGAGGGCGUGGCAAGAUGUGGACCGAUGCCGUGGAGGAAGUGUACCAGGACUUCCUGCAUCAGCUUCACCUUCUAUCUGACUGUCAGUACGACGCCAGCGAGCCCACAGAUCAGAGCUUUCCGCUGCAGGCCAGCUCUUUCCAGGAGUAUGUGCUGGACCUGGAAGCCAGGCUGGUGUCCAUCCUUAAAGGAACCCUGGAUGACUGCUGCGUGUCAUCGUCUGCAGUCAAGAUUCUGAACAUGUUUGGCCAAGUACUGGACCGCCCACUGAUCCAGGAGCAGCUGCGUCCCCAGCUUGUGCGUCUGGUGGACAUGGUCAUGACAGAACUUGACCAGGUUGAAGCACUGAUCCAAAGUAAGACUUCUAAGACAGAUGUGUCAUCCAAGUUCAGGUCCAGUCGGGCCAUCACCCUCAGGUGGACUCAACAACUCCUGCUGAGGGCUCACAAUGUCCUCCAGAACUUCCAAACAGUCCAACACCUAUGUGUGGACUCGGGUGAGCUUGUCAUGCAAAAGUUCCAGAAAAUUUCAGCCCUGGUUGUGGAGUUUAGGUACUCAGUCAGACUGGACUGGAGCUCCAAGCUGGACAGGGAUUCUGCUUUCAUUCUGGAACAUCCUCUGAUCAAGCAGCAGGCAAAAGGCAUGAUGGGAAUUCCCUUCAGGGACAAAUUGGAGACGAUGCUGAGUGAAAUUAAGCAAGUGAGCUGGGAGAGGGACAUUGAACUACACCCCCAAGCUGCUCAAUUAUUGAAAUCCAGAUGUGACAUCGGAAAGAGUUACCAGUGUCUGAGUAACAUGGUGUCAUGCUACAACCAGGUGGUGAGCGGAACUCUGCCAGUGGAACUUCCUCUGAUCCAAGAACAGCAGAAGGAGCUAAAGCAGAGCCUGUUGGAGCUGGCAAACCUGAAGUGGAGUAGCGAAGGUGUGCACCAGUUAGUUGAGCAGAAGAGAGAAAGUGUGACAACUUUCUUCGCCUUGGUGAAUGAAGCACGUGCCAACAUGGCCACCAUGUCUCAGAUCACACAGGGGUGGGUGGAGCUUCCCCUGCUGCAGCGUGUAGGAAACUUUCUUCAGAGGGGUGAAGCCACAGAGGAGAGCUACAAUCAGCUGAGAAAAGACAGCGAGGAGGUGCUCAGGCUUACUCAGGAGAACCUCCGACUGUACGCAGCAGAUGACACCUCCGCGUCCUGGUAUACCUAUCUGGAUCAUGUCGACCAGCUGGUCCAGGAUGGACUGUUACAGCUGCUUCUGCGCUCGCUGCACUUCCUGUCAGACAACAUGAAGCCACAGAACUCCGGGGGGGCCUUGUUGCAGGUCUCACUGCAGCUGGAUUCGACAGGAAGUUUAUUUAAGCCUUCUCUGGAGGAAGACCUUGCUGACCUCUUAAAGUCCUUCAUCGAUGACGUCUACUCGGCCGCCAGCCUGCCGCCAAGGAUCUCCGUCAGUCACCAAGGCGGCCACCAGGAUGCGCUGCGAGAGAACGCCGACCUCAUGGCACUGGAACAGGAAGUGAUGCAGCAUCUGCCAGAGGUGAGAGAGGAGGCGGCGCUUCUAAAGGCGCGCUUGGACAAAUUCUCACCCCUCUGGAACAGCAAUAAGCGGGCAGUGAUGCAAGAAUUCCUGACCUACGGAAGGAAACUGACUCCCGAUGAGGAAGAAGUGGUGGAGACCCCACCCACCUUGGCAGACUUUCAAAGAGAGAUCCAAUCCCUGCAGAAACAAAUGUCAAACGUCAGUCAGCUGAGCAAAAACGAGCUACUGCACGGCUGGCUGCAGGUUGAGCUCAAACCUUUCAAAGACGCCCUGCAUCUAUUCAUUCACAACUGGAUCAGCAUGUACACACAGCACUUGCUCAAACUGGUGCGACACAGCAUGUCUCGACGCAGCGUUGAUGAGGAGCAAGAUGAAGAUAAGAAGUCUUCCUCCAAUUUCCCUCUGACAGAAACCAUAAUGCUGCUGGAAACUGUCGGAGUGGAAGUGCCUGAACUCACCACGUUGCUCCAGAGCUGAUGACCACGCCAGAUGUUCAGAGUGUUCACAUGCUGGUGUGUUUAUGAAGCAUGUAAUCAGUGAAGAUAAAUAAAUGCUUUUAAUAUCAUCAAAAA